UCACAGUGGUGUGGACAUACUACUGUACAUGCGGUUGAGUUUUUUUCUGUGUUCAUCUUCUGUCUCAACAGCUGCAGGAGCAGCUCUCUGUUAUUCUUUGGGUUUAACUUCUUAAAGCUUCAAGUUUGCACCGUUCCAAACCUUUGCACUGCAGCAGCACAGGAGCUUCUGGAGUCUGCUGCUGUUUAUGACGGUGUCAAAGUCUGCAGAUCAUCAGCAGGAGCGUCCGUCAGUCAGUCAGUCUGUGUCUGUGUGUCUGCAGCUCUCACACUGAACACAACACACCGACUCUGAGCUGAAAAUGUUGCGCAGGACUCUGAUCAGCGUCGGACUGCGACUGAACCGACAGCAGCGCACAGGGAUGCGGGUACCGACAGAGGGACUAGGCCCGGACUCCCACCGACGAUACGUGUCCACCUCCACCGCCUCCAGCAGCAGCAGCAGCAGCUCCGUGGUGGGAGCCCCCAACAAACUGAAAGCCAUGGACCAGCUGCACGGACCCAAUUUAUUGACCAACCUGUACUGGCUCUUUGUGAAGGGAUAUUUCCAGAGGACUCAACAGCUGCAGAUCGAGCACCGCAAGAUCUACGGCCCGCUGUGGAAGUCGGAAAUAGGUCCUCUGACCGUGGUGACCGUGGCUCAGGCGGACCUGAUAGAGCAGGUUUUGAGGCAGGAGGGGAGAUUUCCGAUCCGGACUGACAUGCCCCACUGGAGGAUGUACCGAGAGAUGAGGAACCAGGCCCAUGGACCCCUGACGGAGAUGGGGGCCAACUGGCAGCGGAUCCGCAGUAUCCUGAACCCGCGGAUGUUGAUACCCAAACACGUUUCCUCCUACACUAACACCAUCAACGAGGUGGUGACUGACUUUAUCGACAGACUGGCCUGGGUGAGGGAGAAAGACGGCCAGGGAGUUGUGGUCAAUAACCUGACGGAAGAACUCUACAAUUUUGCUUUUGAAGCUAUCUGUUCAGUGUUGUUUGAGACACGUAUGGGCUGCUUGAACGAGGUGUUGCCUGAGGAAACCAAAAAGUUCAUUACCUCCGUUGGGGAAAUGUUCCAGCUCUCGCAGAUCGUGAUCCUCUUCCCCAGGUCCGUGUGGCCCUACCUUCCCGCUUGGAAACGGUUUGUGGCGGUCUGGGAUCACCUCUUCAAAGUCGCUGAGGAGUUGGUGCAGAAAAAAAUGGAGGAGAUCCAGGAGAAGGUGAAGCUGGACCAGCAGCUGGAGGGAGCGUACCUCACACACCUGCUGUUCAGCGAUAAGAUGACGAUCACUGAGAUUCUGGGAAGCAUGACUGAGCUCCUGCUGGCAGGAGUCGACACAACCUCCAACACUAUCUCCUGGGCUCUGUACCACUUGGCAAGGCUGCCAGAGAUCCAGGAACAGUUGUACCAGGAAGUGAUAAGAGUUUGCCCCGGAGACAAGAUGACGACCAGCGAGGACAUCGCUCAGAUGCCAUACCUGAAGGCCAUCGUCAAGGAGACGCUACGGAUGUAUCCAGUGGUGCCAGGAAACGCCCGCAUCAUUGUUGAUGAAGAUAUUGUGUUGGGAGAUUACGUCUUCCCCAAAAAUACGUUGUUUCACCUGUGCCACUACGCGGUGUCCUAUGACGAGAGCGUCUUUCCCGACCCUCACACCUUCAUACCGCAGCGAUGGCUCCGCGGAGCGGAGGAGAAGAUCAAGCAUCACCCGUUUGGGUCGGUGCCGUUCGGUUUUGGGGUCCGGGCGUGUCUGGGUCGACGAGUGGCCGAACUUGAGAUGUAUCUCCUCUUGUCCAGGUUGAUGAAGCGCUACGAGGUGAGGCCGGACCCUUCUGGACAGACAGUGAAGCCUGUCACCAGAACCCUGCUCUGCCCUGCUAAACCAAUCAACCUGCAGUUUCUGGACAGGAGGCGCUAGAGGGAGGAGGCGAGCGUGGGGGCAGCGGCGGGAGGAGUUUCUCUGUGAGCUGGUUUAGUAUUCACUUGGCCUGUCACCGGACACCGCGGCUCAGAUACAGACAACUGGCUGCGUGGAAUGUACCAAAACUGUGACUUCGAAUAUAAGCUGAGUCGAGAAGCAGCUUGUACAGUAAAGAAUGUAAUGCAGCGUGUACAGACAUUUUAAAAGUUUUAUGGAUGUAAAUAUGGAAUCUUUUACCGAGUGUGAGUGUAAAGAGUUUUCUCCGUUUUCUUCAGCUGUUGCUUCGCAGCAGGAAGAAUUUGAAGACCUUGACUUUGAGUGAGAUUUCCUUUAGUUUCCACAACACAAAAAUACAUCAAUUUAACGUCUUCGGCACAAAUCUGUCGGUACUCUAUAAUUGCAUUAUUAUCUACAAACCCCGAGAGAGACUUUGACUAGUUUCCAACUAUCAGAUCAACUUAAAACCAAGUUGAUUUAAAAUUUAAACUUUUCCAAAAACAGUUGGCAAACUGGCAACGACACUCAAACAGUGGACAUGUGCUGGGUCUACUUUUAGCGGCGGAGUAAGCCACAUUUGAUCCUGUAGUGCUAUGUCCAGCAGCAGGACAGUGAAUGUAGGAUUUACAGUGUGUGGGUGUGUGUAUUGGGGGUAACGAACAUGUUGAUGUAACAGAGAUAUAUAUUGAGAUUACAAAGUAUAAGUAACUGUAUUUAGUUACAGUUACAAUUUAAACAGGUGGGAAUCUAAAUACUUUACAUUUAUCAAUAGAUUACAUAAAUACAUGACUUUUUACUAUUGUAAAGGUUCAUUAUUUACUCUGAAAUUUAAAAGAGUUUAAGUGGAAUGUUUCGUUAAAUAUUGUCCAUCCAGCUACUAAAUGAUCCAAGUUAUUAGCAUGAUGAGCCUGUUAGCUUUGUCAGCUGUAGCCAGCGUGCUACACAUCAAACUAACCAAACGGUGGAGUUUUUUUUUACAACAUGCAUGAUGUGUAUUAUAGUUUACCCAAUCAUUUCUAUGCCCUAUUAUAAAUACCGACCUAAGUGUCUGGGAACAUUUAAACAACUGUCUGAGACUACGUUAUCUACAAUCUACGUUAUUUAUAUCUUUUCAACGAGGUUGUGGAAAAACAGGAUUUAAAAACUACCUUUUUCUCAUGUUAUUUUUAUUUCAAGAUGAUUCGUUUAAGGCAACAAAAUGAAAACAAAAUGCUCUAUGGAAGAAGAAAAGUCAUUUAUUUUGAUUUUCAUCUGGUUUAUUGUUUUUCACUUUUUCAUAAAUGCUGUGAAAAAUAAAAGAUAACAAAAAACUACAUCGUCAUCAUAUGUUUCCGGCCUAAACUUCAUGCUUCAAGAAUCACUAAUCUUGAUAAUGCAAAGACCCUAAAAUACCUUUUUAAUCAAAUCUAAAUAACUUGUAAUUCUCUGGAAUAAACAUUUCUUCAUUAUAUUUAAUUGGCAGUGACGCCACACGUCGUUAGUAUUAAAUGGUAAAGUAUGCAGUAAUAUAUACAGUAAUACUUACUUUGAAAAUCUAAUUGUUACUGUUAUUUUGUUUCCUAAAUGCUGUGUUGUUAUUGUCAGUUGUCUGAACAGCAGUGGACCAAUGCUGCCCUCCCGUGGACUGUUAUGACACUACAUAUCUUAUCAAUGUGCUAAUCCAAUUCCCUUUAUAGAUAUAACAGUGACUGUGUGAUUAUAACUUAUUUGUUCGUUUCCUUUUUUCUUUAUUUUAUUUUAGGCUGCAUAAUUAGAAAAGGACUUUUUCAAAAAACUUUAAACCCUGAUGUGAAGGUUUCAAACUCAUUUGUACUCUUCAUAUUUCUGUCUCUGAGCAUAUUUUAAAUAUGUCUAAGACUCGAGGUAUAUAUUUCCUGUACAAUCAUCAGCCUUGUGUUUAUUUUUUUGCGUAAAAUGAAAAGUAACUUGCUUUAUUGUAAAUAGUGUUUUUGUCGACUCUGUGCAACUCCGUCACAAAGAAGAAGUUGAUGAGAAAUCCGUCUGCGUCCGAGUCAUCACAGGACAUUUUUGGGAAGAAUUAGUAGCAACCACAAGAGCGACGCCCUUCAUACGUCAUAAAGUCAUUAUUAUUGUGCUAUUUGUCAUUAAGUGAGAUAUUCAAUAGAUCCAGGAAGUCAGGACUGAAAACUGGGUCUGGUAACACACGUUUUCCAAGGAUUGAUGAAGAUGAAGUUCGUUAACUUAUUAUCACAUGACCUGAGAGUGCAAAUUCAGUCACGUGAUCACAGUUUCUUUAGAUGUUUGUAAUGACCUGAAGAAGAGUUUACAUUUGGUAUGGUAGCUUUUGAAGGAUUCUCUGGUAUUAUUUAGUCUACAUAUAAUGUUUUGUAGUACUUUUUAUACAACUUCAUUAGGCGUUGGUAUUCUGGAAUACGUUGAGUCUGCUAUACAGAACGGAUCUGAGACAGCAGAGACACACAGGGUGAAGGACGGGGGGGACAGUUAUACGAUUCGGGGGUAGGGGAUCAGCCUUUAUGCAAAUUGUAGCUGUGAUGGCUGUGAUGUCAUUUACAUUCACAGAGCUUUUAGAAAAGAAGGCAGUCGGGGGGGUCCAGGGCACUUUAAGGUGUCAUGAGUUUAUUAUCUGUUUGCCAGAUCUGGGCCACUAGUGAGCCAUGGCAAAGCUCCCUGUCAUCCAAAGGUGCCAAUUCUGACCCAACUUAGUUGGCGUGUAUAUUGCAGAAUUGUUUUCUUUCUGGCUGUGAGACAAAUUUGCAGGGUCUGCAAAACAGGCAACCGCUCUGGGGCCCCAAGCAUUUGUCCUCAGGAAUGACAAGUGUGUUAGAACCCCCCCUAAAUUAUACGAUUGGCUGCAACAACACCACGCUCGGUAACCCCCCCGAUGAGGCCCCAUUGAAGUCCC